AUGAACCACCAGAAGGGCGUGUUGGCGCUUCUGACAUCGUGCGUCAGCUUCCACACGCGCCGCGGCUUGACCCAGGCGUGGAUCACGCCCGAUGCUCUAGAUGCGCCGGCCCAGAACGUGUUUAGAAACCUCACGUGUAUGACGCUAGCGUACUCCACAUCGAGCGAUCUCAUUGUGGGCGGCAACUCGUCGCUUUUCAAAAUGGACUUGCAGAAGCCGCUGCGGCUCCAGCCCUUUGACCACCGCGGCGACCUCUCGUUCAUCAAUUACUCGCUGAAGAUGUUGACGUUGGGCCAUUCCUCGGGCUCCUUGGAGAUAUUCGACCCGCUCGCCAACGCGUCGGUCAAGACGUUUGCCGGACACAACGGCUUGUUGUCCGACUUGGACGUGAAGGGCAAUUACGUCGCCACAUGCGGCUACUCUGUGAGAAACCGCCGCUUCGGCUCAAGUCCCGAGUACACGGUGGAUCCGUUGGUCAACCUUUACGACUUGCGCAUGAUGCGUGCCUUGCCGCCUGUCUCUUUCCCUGCUGGCGCCAGUUUUGUCAAGUUCCAUCCAAAGUUGCCCAAUAUCGCCGUGGUGGCAUCUACAACCGGCCAGAUCCAGUUUGUGGACAUCUACGACCUGCUGCUGCUCUACUUGUACCAAGCAGACUUGUCUGACUCUGUUUCGACCUCCCUAUCAUCAGCUCCCAACUCAUACUUGUCGAACUUGGACAUUAGCGAGAACGGAGAAUUUUUGUGCUUCAGCGACGGCUUCCGCAACAUGCAUCUCUGGUCUCUCAGCGCAUCCUCCAGCAGAGACUUUGUCAAUUUCCCUGCUCCAUUGGACCAGCCUGAUAUCGUCGAUAACGCAGUGUCGUCCAAUCCCAUCAGUUUGGACGAGUCUGUGCCCUUGAACACGGUGGGGAUGCCCUACUACAAAGAAUUUCUCACCUCAAAUUAUCCGUCAGAUAUGGUGUUCGACAAGGAGCUCCUGAAAAUGCCAGAGAAAAUCGACUCGCAUUUGUCGGAGCUCAGCGAAUCGGAACCGGGGAAGAUCUUGCCAUAUGAUAAAUCGAAAUAUGGCCCACGGAACGUCUUGAAACCGCAUCAACUGUUGGAAGUUAAUGUUCGUAAUACCGGCAGAAGGAACCAGACCCAGGCAAGCUUAAUACCGAAGUUCAUCAGUGAAAGAAGCUCAACUCCUGUGUCAUUGCCGUAUCGUGAAGAUUCCCCGUUUCUUAGUCAGACUCCGACUUUCGGCGAUGAAGUGGAAAAUGACUACUCGAAUGGAAAUGCGCAAGCAAACGAUGCGGCAAACAUCGCAUCCACCGUAUUUCAGUACAAGUCUCCCGUUGAAAAUAAAGUGCCUUCGUGCUAUACGAGACUAGAAAUCCAUUACUCUAAAUUUGGUGUUGACGACUUUGACUUUGAGUACUACAAUCACUCAGGAGGAUUCUUUGCUGGUCUAGAGAAUCACAUCGAUAACUCAUACGUUAACCCGCUAUUACAAAUUUACCGCUUCAUUCCCAUUUUCUAUAACACCGUUACAAAAAGCUUGCUUAAUGAGUGGCUUCCCAACAGCUUAGAGACUUUCAUUCAACAGUCAAAUCCUCAAGGCUCAUCGGUUCUUAACGAGUUGGCGUACCUUUUUGACAUGAUGCACAAAGCUGGGCCUCGAAACGUGAGCAUCUCCAAUUUUUCGCUGAUUUUGAGCGAGAACCAAAUCGCAAAAGCUCAUAAACUAAUUAAUAAGGAUGACGGGAAGUCGCUCAACUCUAGAGAAUUGCAAAUGUUGAUCAUUACUUUUAAUAAGUUUCUUGUUGAAUCAGUGGUCAACGACUACGCGUCACAAUUUGCGAUCAAUGUUCAAGAUAUGACCGCUAUGCAUUACGAGCUCACAUUUUCCACAACUUCAGGGGAAUUUCUUGACAAACACAUUGGGAAUCAGGCAACCUUGGAUUUAGUGACUCCACCUAAUAACAUAUUGAACAAAAUCAACCAGAAUAAUCCCGACAGAUACACACCCCCGCAACUUCUAUCGAGGAAAAAUCAUAAUUUGCUCACAUACUUGGAAUACUCACUCAACCAAACGAAGGUCUUGCCAGCGACAUCACAAACUCCAUAUCCGGUUGAAGUAAAGCAAACACUCAUAAAAUUGGGCUCUGUUUUACUGAUAAAUCUACCUUUCACAGAGCAAGAAUUUAGUGUCAUCAAGAAUUAUAAAAAAUGGCUUGUUCCUGAAUUUUACACGACUACAGGUUCGUCAGGAAAAGUUUGUUUUAAACCGGUUAUCACGCAGUUUAAUCAACGUGCAGAAAAAUACGAACUACUUGGUUAUGUGUGCGAAGUCAAUAGAGGUUCAGCAUCAUCCCCAGGGCAACAUAAUCUAGUCUCGUUCGUGAAGGUGCAAAUGCCGUCUCUGGGCAAGGAUCAAUGGAUUUUAUUUAACGACUUUUUGGUGAUGCCAAUUCCUGAAGAAGAGGUUUUCAACCUCUCUUACAAUUGGAAAAAGCCGGUUGUUUUAGUAUACCACAAUGUGGAAGAUCCGCGCAAUCAAAGAUUCACAUAUUUCGAAGAAUCGAUUUUCAGGAAGCUCAGUGGCUUGAAUGAUAGCAUUCUCUACCGUGAUCAUUUUGCGUGUGGAAUUAGAGAAGGGUAUAAACGAGAAUACGAGCUUCUUACGCGGCAAGAGGCUCCCGAAUGCGGGUCUUUGGUGGCCAUUGACGCUGAAUUUGUUUCAUUGAGACCGGAGUUGGUGGAGGUGAGCUUUACUGGCGUACGCAAUUUGAUCCGUCCAACUAUGCUUUCUCUAGCAAGAAUCUCUGCCUUGAGAGGCAACGAGGGCCCAAAACACGGAGUACCCUUCAUUGACGAUUACAUUGUGCACACGAAACCCAUUCAUGACUACUUGACGACAUUUUCCGGAAUCGAGGAUGGUGAUUUGGAUCCUGACCGCUCGACCAAAACGCUUGUAACGUUACAGACCGCUUAUCGGCGGCUUUGGCUUUUGUUGAACAUGGGCUGUGUGUUUGUGGGCCAUGGACUCAAGAGCGAUUUCCGGUGCAUCAACCUUCAAGUGCCCAAGGCGCAGAUCCGAGACACCAUCGAGUUUUAUUUUUUGCCCGAUUUCCGCAGGCGACUCAGCUUGAAGUUUUUGGCGUACAUUGUGUUACGAGAGUCUGUUCAGACACGAAACCACGACUCCAUUGAAGAUGCGUACACCGCACUUCAAUUGUACAAAAAAUAUUUGGAGUGGCAGUCUUCUGGUGAUUUCGAAAGAGCGUUGCGGCACAUAUAUAGCGAGGGCCAACAGUUGCGGUUUCGUGUCCCCGAGACAUGA